GGUGCAAAGCCUCCCUUUAAGCUGAAGGGAUCGUCAUAAGCCGUUCCGUGCAGCACCUAGGAAUGUGUUAUCUUCCUUUCUUGUUUCUCACAAUUCGUUUUCAAUGUCCGUCUACCGUUUCAUAAGACGCAUGGCUCGGUAUACCUUCCUUGUUCGUCAUAAAUCCUAUGCUGCGAAAAUGACGCCAAGCAACGAGCAUCACGCAGCAGAAAAGAACGACUACUUGGAGGACGACGCCGUCAGUACAAGUAGUCAACCGCUUCUCCACUACCAAAUUGGCGAUAAGCAUCACACUAUCCCUGAUCCUGAUUUCCCAGGAAAUUUUUCAGCCAAUCUGGAAGACGGCCAGGACCCUCGAUUAAUCAAACGAAACAACAAAAAACGACUCAACUGGAUAUGCUUAGCAUUAACGGCCGCCAUGUUACUGGCCACCUGGGCAACAUGGACCAUCGCUUUAUGCAGAGACUCAAGUUCUUCCCGGAAGAGAGACACCGUAUCCAAAUUGCGACGUAUUACCUUUGAUGAUAUCUAUAACAGCACGUUUACCCCAAAACGGCAAUCCCUCGUAUGGGUUAGAAAUGAUCCUCGCGAUGGCAUUUUUACCUUUAGAGAUCAAACAACCAACGAUAUACUAUUAGAAUCGAUAGAAGAUGGUUCAACCCAAGUGUUUGUCAAAGCCUCCGAUCUUCGUAUUGGAGAUAAACAGCUGGAGGUUGAAUCGUUUGAAAUCUCAGGAGAUGCGAAAUAUCUCAUGCUGUGGACCAACGUCACUCAGCAAUUCCGUCAUUCUUCAUUUUCCAAUAUUUAUAUUUACACAUUGGAUGAUCAUUCCAUCUUUCCGUUGACGGAACAAUCCACUGUCGAUAUCGAGCCAAAGAUCUCCUAUGCUGAAUGGAGUCCUAAAGGUCAUCAAAUUGCAUACGUGAUGGAAAACGAUCUGUACGUGACUGAUCUUGCCACGCAUCGUCGUGUCACCUUUGAUGGAUCCAAGACAGUCUUUAAUGGAGUUCCUGAUUGGGUGUAUGAAGAGGAGGUUUUCGCCUCGGAUCAUACCUUGUGGUGGUCCCCGGAUGCUACUCAUUUGGCAUUUUUACGGUUCAAUGAAACAGCCGUACAUGAAUACCAUUUGCCGUAUUAUACAAUGUCCAACGACAGCUAUCCCGAGGAAUUGAAAAUCAAGUAUCCCAAAGCUGGCACGCCGAAUCCGCUUGUAUCAUUGCAUCUUUAUUCACUGUCGGCUGACACAACCGUCAUGGUGACAAAAAACGAAACCAAUAAUGCCAUGCUUCAGGCUGUGGGACGAUAUGCAGAUUUCGCUGACGAUGAUCGGCUUAUUACGGAUGUUGCCUGGGCGACUGAUACCCAUACUCAUUUGCUGUUCAAGCAGACGAACCGUGUCCAGGACCACGAAGUCACCAGCCUCGUCACCUUGUCGUCCAAUUUACGUGACUCCACUGUUCAAAUAACGCGGGAAUAUAAACCAAAAGAUUCCGGAUGGAUUGACGUUGGCCAAUCCAUGGUGUUUUUAGCUCAUGAGGAUGAUCAAGAGAGUGUUCGAUACUUGGAUAUCGCCGAUAACGCCGACGGAUACCUUCAUCUGGCUAUUUUCACUGCUGGAAAAUCGGCCUCGGAACCUCUUUGGCUCACUACUGGUGAAUGGGAAGUCGUCGCGGGCACAGUUGUCACUGACAAAGAACGCCAAUUAAUUCAUUACAUGUCGACCGAACGAUCGCCAUCGGAACGUCAUUUAUACACCAUUUCACUUGACCACACCGAUCCAGCCUCCACCAAGAUCUGCCAAACCUGUCCCAAUGAUCCUGAACGGCAUGCCUAUUACAGUGUGUCAUUUUCUCCGAAAGCGGGUUAUUACAAGCUCGAUUAUCAGGGUCCCAAUAUCCCAACAACCGUCGUUAGAAAAGUAGAGGAUCCCAAAUUUGAGGCUGUUUUGCAAGACAACAGGGCACUCGCCGAUUUGUUAAAAGCGUAUGAAUUGCCCCAAAGACGGAUGCUCACGGUGACGGGUGGCGGUGUUGAGAUGCUGGCGAUGGAAUUGUUGCCACCCAACUUUGACGCUUCCAAGAAAUACCCUGUCUUAUUUCAUGUCUAUGGUGGCCCUGGAUCUCAACUUGUAUCACAUGAGUUCGAAUUGAGCUGGCAUACAUUCGUUGCAAGUCAAUUGGAAUACAUUAUUGUCACGGUUGACGGUCGUGGUACAGGUUACCGUGGACGUGCUUACCGGGAAAGCGUAAGAGGCCGUUUGGGUAAAUUGGAAACGAUUGACCAAGUCAACGCAGCAAGACACUGGGCCAACCUACCGUACGUUGAUGCCUCGAGAAUGGCCAUCUGGGGCUGGUCUUACGGAGGCUAUAUGACAACUAAGGUUAUCGAAGCAAACGAUGGUGUGUUUAGUCUUGGAAUGGCAGUAGCCCCAGUGACUGACUGGCGUUUCUAUGAUACCGUCUAUACGGAACGCUAUAUGCUGACUCCACAGCUGAAUGCCGAAGGAUAUGCAAACAGUGCUGUGACUAACAUGACUGGCUUCAACAAUGCUCAUUAUUUACUGAUCCACGGCACAGGAGAUGAUAAUGGUUAGAUAAUACAGGCAUUUGGCUGAUGGGUUUUUCGUUCUGCUAACGUGCAUUACAGUUCAUUUCCAACAUUCAGCUGUGCUUGUCGAUAAGUUGACCCAGGCCCACGUUCGCAACUACCGAGUUCAAUUCUUUACCGACAACAACCAUGCCAUCCGUUACCACGAUGCCAAUUCCAAUGUCUAUUAUCUACUGACUGAAUUCUUAUUCGAUAAUUUUGGUGGUGAAGAAUAUGUUCGACAUCGCACAAACUCUCAAUGAAAGUUUGCAGGAUCGCUCAAAGACUGAACACUUGUAUUCCCUUCCGAGUCUAGGUCUAUCGGUUAGACCGCGUCAAGUAUUGUCAAUAAAGAUUGGGACUAUUCUUCACAAAUACAGGGAAAUCACUGUUCAGAUGUGUAAAAUAUCCUCCG